CUUAUCGUUAUCGUAGAAGGAUCAGAUAGAGAAUUUAAACAAAAACUCCAAAGAAAACCACAGCAUGGGUGUGGAUUCCUGGUUAUUCAUCUUUUCUGUGAUAGAUGAAGGAGCUUUGUUGUUCCUUGUUGUUUAUUUUGUUAUAACAUUAUCAGAUUUAGAAUGUGACUACUUAAAUGCUACAAGUUGUUGUGAUAAACUUAAUAAGUGGGUUCUAUUGGAAGCUAUUGCUCAGUGUGUUUUAGCAGUUCUGUUUUUGAUAACAGGACAUUGGAUAUUGUUUCUAAUGUAUGCUCCAGUAACAGCUUGGUUAGUUUAUAAAUUAGUUAAUAAACCGUCAGGAGAUAUUGGAAUGUAUGAUCCUACAGAGAUUCAUAAUAGACAACAACUAAAGACUUACAUGAAAGAAAAUCUCAUUAAAAUGGGAUCCCAUCUCAUAUUCUUCUUUAUAUUUUUAUACUGGAUGAUUUAUUCACUAAUUAAAGGACUGUAACGUUACUUACAGGAUGACUAUAUCGUUGCUGGCUUUGACCAAGGACGCAAAGGAAGUAGAAUCAAUAUUUCCACCUGUCGAAGUUAGUGACCUUUGAACUUGACACGCAAUAUUGUCAAGUACAAUACAGACUACUUAAUAAUAAUAUGCAUGUUUAUUAUAGAGAUUCUUUUAAUUUCAAUUGAGUGUAACAAAUUUUUUCAUCUUGUUAAUUUAUUUUUAAAUGUACAUGUAAAACACAACAAAGAUGUUUAACAUCUUUUGAAUAUGUGACAUUUUUUACACAUUUAUAAAUUUAUUAAUUCUGCAAUGUACAUGUGAGAAUAUUGCCGCUUACUUAUGAUUAUUGACAGCAAAUAUAUACAAGUUAAAAACUUGCAGUUUACAAUUCACAUGCUAUAAAUUGAUCAUUGAUAGGGUAACAUUUAGUGUGAACUUAAUUCCGUGUUUCAGCUCAUGAUUUCUGCAAUUUAUUGAAAUUCCAAGAGUUAUCUCUGUUGCAGGAAGUUAUUAUAGUUUUAAGAUGGGAAAUUCCUAUAUGUUUGUAAAUUCAACAGAUAAAAGAUAAGACUUCUGUGUUAGAAGUUAAUAAAUAACAUAAACAAAUUACCAAAAAUCAUCUAUGAAAAUUACAGUUAUAAGUAAUAAGCUCUAAUAUAAUGGUUUUGAAAUCUGAACUAUAAAUACAAUUCUUUUCAGCAUACCUCCAGAGCAUAUUUUCUCAGUAAAGUUCAAUUUUUUCUUUAUCAUGUGGAAGUCCCCUUCUUCUUUAACUCCUUUUAAGAGUUAUCACACCUCUUAUAAGCUCUGUUAAAUAGAAAAUCAGAGCCCUAUUUGUUUAUUCAGCUCCUCAUUAUUGAGGCUUCAGUUUCUUUGUUGAAGGGGUAUUUCUUAUGAGAUGAGGAAUACUGUUAAAAUUUUGUUGUGAGUGUUUUAUGUCAUGCAAGAUUAGAAAUUUUGUUUUUUUUUAUAUUGUGUAUUAUUGGUUUAGUUGUCAUUGUAUGUGCUUUUGCAGUUGAUUUCAUUCCUGAACUUGUUUCAUUUUGUUUUUUUAAUUUUAUACAUUUCAUUGUAAAUAAUCUUGUUUUGUAUUACAGUUUGAAUGAGCUUAAAGCCUUUGAUGAACAAGUACCUAAAUCUUACCAUGCCUACUGUUAAAAAAGUAAAUGUUUUUAUUGCUAUUUCAAUUUAGUAUCCUAUUUCAAAUCAGUUUUUAAAAAACAUGCAAAAAACAAAACAUUUUUGACCCUGUUUCCAAAGACAGUAAAAUUGCAGUGAAAGUAUGUAGGGGAACAUAAGCCACCAAAAAGUUUUGAUUAAUAUAAGGGGAGAUAACUACUUUGAUGACAAUAAAAAAAUCUUAAGAAUUACCAAAAAAAUGUGGAGGCAAGAAAUAUGAAUUUUUGUGCAGACAAUUGAAACAAUUAAACCUGUUGACAAUUGUUGAUAAUAAAUUAUUUCUAUAUUGCAAAUAAGUUCAAGCAUCCUAAUAUCCAUUUUUGAAAAACUUUUAAAAAAUUACAUGUUUGUAAAACUAAAAGCCUUGUCCCCAUCUUAUUUAAAGUUGCACUUCAGUUAUGAUUAAACUUAAAUUACUCUAGCAACUCUCAAAUACAUGUUUAAGAUGCAACAGUAUUAUAGAAUUUAAAAAAAAACACUAAUCAGUUGACUUUAUAUUUUUGUGUUGUUACAUGUAAGUACAUAUGGAUAUAGGGAGGCACUAAGUGUUGUAAAGGCAGUUCCCUCUCAUGGUUCAUAUAUUUAUUCAUGAGUUAUAUUUAUUCAUAGACAGCUUCUUUUGAAAUUCUGUAAUUUAUUCAGGGAAAAACAUAUAUUUUAGAAGUCACAAUAUGCAUUUAGGUCAUAAAUUGGUGCAGAUUUUGUUGUUGCAUAAUUAUUGUUGGUGCAUAUAAAAUGUGUUUAUUAAGAUUUUUAUUCCAUGUUGGUAUUAUAUAUUGAUAAGUCCCAUUGAUAGUGUAUGCCUAUUGAUUGUUUCAUUAACAAGUUUGAGUUCAGUUUGUGUAGGAAAAUGCUAUUUAAUAAUAUUAGUACAUGUUGAAGAUUUGGAGGUCCUCCAUUAUUAUGAAGUUCUGUUUUUUUCUCCUAUUUGAACACAACAGAAUAAGUUAAAAGAACAAGUGGAAAAUUUAUCCCCCAGAAUUUUUGAAAAAAGGGAAAGUACCUAUUACCUCUAAGAAACUUUUGUUCUCAAUACUUGCAAUUCCAAUUGUUAUCAUUCCAUUAAAGUAUUUGGUCUUUUAAGGUGUUAUUUUACAUCAUUUGUGUGUUCGUUGGACAUAAAUUCUAUGUAUUGGCUAUUCCUGAAAAAAAUAUAUGGGGGGGUUGGAAGGCACUUUAAUUAUUUUUGUAAAGGUGGGGACAGGUCACGAAGGUCAAAUUGUGUGGUUAUGUAUGCAAAGUUACACUUUCUACAUUAAAUUGUAGUUUGUUACAAUCUUGUGUUUUCCUCUACCUACAAAAUCCAUAAAAAUUACCAUAGUCUCACAAAAAUACUGAAAUACAUCAAUUUCAUAACAAAAUAGAUAGAAAAAAUAAAAAUAUAUUUAACCAUGUAGUUGUGAGCAAAAUGUUCAACAUAUGUUUUUUUUAAUGUAGUUUUUGCACUUAUUGAUCUCAUUGGUAAGUAAUGAUUUCAUAUAUCAGAUGUGUAUUUUUUUAUUCAAAAAACAUGUUGUUGUCAGUAAACCUGUAAAAUACUUGAUACAGCAAACAAUAAACAAAAAUAUAUAAAUAAGAAAAUGUGGUAUGCAUGUUUAAUAUAGUUUUCCUGUAAAAUAUUUAAAAAGUGCAAGUUCAUCCAUUAGACCCUUUUUCAAAAGAAUUUGAACAUUGGUGGGAUCUUUCCAUUAAAAAAUUUGAAAAGUUGACAUUUUUACUAACAAAAUUAAUUAGAUUUCUGUUAAACAUGUUAAAAGAAUAAAGCUACUUACAGAUGAAGGCUAUAUCUAGAAAUAAAUGGAGGAGGGAUUGAAAAGGUACAUUUCUACCCUAUUACCUCAAAAAAGGAGGGGUAUAUGAUGAUGCACAUGCCUUUUCAUCACAAGUUGGGUUUGCAGAUGAAAAUUUAAGUACUGCUUUCCCAAAUUUUUUAUAAUUUAAUCAUGAAUCAUAAAAUACAGUUCAAGUUCAGUUUGACUGUUUUGACAUUAAAAGUUAAGAGUUAUUCCCCUUAGUAACCUUAAAACAAUUUUUUGUGUGUUUCCAGUGAUAAUUAUUAUAUCACUGUUUUACAAAAUCUUUUAAGAUUCUAAUACUGUUAUGAAAAAUAAAAUAUAGGUCACAAUUAAAUCUAAUUUUGGAUUUAGAACUCUGUUUUUGCAGGCAGGGAUAUCUGUGACAACUAGAUCACCAAAUUCUCUUUUUCAAAUUACACUUCAAGCACAUUUGUAAAAAAACAACUACAACCUUUUAAGAUUUAUAAGUUUUUCCUGACCUUAGACCCUCCUACAAGCAGUUCUGGAAAAAUAAGAUGCACAGUUUUGCUUAUUCUGUAGUUUAGUAAGAAGUUUUACAUGCUUAUCAAAGUGUACAUCCCCAAAAGGUUUACUGUUUGGAAUGCAAUAAGGCUUUUGAAUACUACUUGCCAUACUUUCAUAGAAUAUUGGUUCUAGACAAUCUCUUCUUAAUAGUGUCACAAAAGAUUUUGUAAUUUUAGUAGAUAAUUAUAUUUGUGUAUGUUCAUAUCAAUUAUUGGUCUGUUAUAUGCAGCAGUUAUUAAAAAUAUUAAAAUGU